AUGUCCUCCGCAAAUGCUCCAGAGGGCUCUGCGCCUGUCGCGAACCCCAAUACACCCGUUUCGAUAGUAUGCGUGGGCAUGGCUGGAAGUGGCAAGACGACCUUCAUGCAACGUCUUGUCUCACAUCUCUACACCCAUCCCGAUCCAACCCAAAGUGAACCCUCCGUUUCCAAGUCAUCUCCGACACCACCGUACAUCAUCAACCUCGAUCCUGCCGUUCACCAUGUCCCAUUCACGCCCAAUAUCGACAUUAGAGACAGCGUCAACUACAAGGAGGUCAUGAAGCAGUUCAACCUAGGACCCAACGGCGGUAUCCUGACAAGCUUGAACUUGUUCAGCACAAAGAUUGAUCAGGUCAUUGGUCUGCUGGAGAAGCGAACACAGCCGCCGCCGCCAGUAGAGGAGCCAGAACAAAGCACAGUUGAGUUCAUGACGAGUGGAGGCAAGGGCAAGCAAACGGCACCGGCUCAGCAACCACAAGUGAAGCAUAUCUUAGUGGACACGCCAGGGCAGAUCGAGGUCUUCGUUUGGUCUGCAAGUGGAGAGAUCCUACUCUCAAGUUUAGCCAGUACAUUUCCCACCGUCAUCGCAUACAUCAUCGACACGCCGCGCACAACCAGCACAAGCACCUUCAUGUCCAACAUGCUUUACGCCUGCUCCAUUCUCUAUAAGACAAAGCUGCCUAUGAUCCUUGUCUUCAACAAGACCGAUGCACAAGACGCCCAAUUCGCCAAAGAUUGGAUGACUGACUUUGAGGCCUUCCAAGCCGCCCUGCGUAACGAGGAAGAGGGUGGUAGCUUUGGCGGUGAAGGCGUGGGUGGAGGAAGUGGAUACAUGGGUAGUUUACUGAACAGUAUGUCACUGGUUCUCGAGGAAUUCUAUAAGCACCUCAGUGUUGUCGGUGUCAGUGCUAUGACGGGAGACGGCAUGGAUGAAUUCUUCAAAGGUGUGCAGGAGAAGAAGGAAGAGUUUGAGCGCGAUUACAAACCGGAGCUUGAGCGACGUCGGGCAGAAAGGGAGCAAGAAAAGAAGGCGACACGUGAACGUGAGUUGGACAAGAUGAUGAAGGACAUGAAGGUUGGAGGCGCGGGCACAAAACCAAAGAGCAAGCCACGAAAAGAAGAGCCAGAGACGGUUAGCGAUGCGGAAAACUCAGACGAAGCCGGCAUGGUGGAUGACCUAGACUACGAGGAUGAGAUGGACUCAGAUGACCCAGAGAACGGCCUGAAGGAGCGAUACAGACAGGCUGUCCAGGAUCGUGGAGUCGACCAGAACGAGGAUCAUAGCUUCGCACGAUACGUCAACAUGGCAAAAUUCACAUGA